AUGGCGUCCAGAGGUGACUCCGCGGGGUCCGUCCGACCGCGAUCUCGUCGCUCUAUCGCCCAUGUCCCUCGAUCAAGACUGACGUCGACCAUCGACAAGGAGAAUUCCACGACCGACAUUGGCGCAAUCCAACCACCUGGCAACACAGCGAAGACCGCCGGAAAAGACAAGAAGUCCCGUAGCAAGAGUUUGGGCCCUGGUGGUCUAGAUGCGCUACAAAAUUCCAACGGCAACCGACGCAAGUCUACGACCGCGUUUCCUGUCAAAGGCAUCCUCAAGCCUACCGUCCCCGUUUCGCCCGUCCAGAACAUUCCUAGUUUCGAAGAAACUCGCAAACAGACUCCUGCUCGUGGCUCGCAGCAAAAUGAAGGAAAUGGCCAGGAGAAGGAGGGCUUAUUGAUUGACCUUGAUACCCCCGCACGGCCUCCGGAUUCCAAUGCUGAGGAUACGGCCAAUCCUUUUGAUGAUUUCAAUGCUUCAUUAGCGAUUGCUGCUGCGAGGGAAAAGGAAGAAAGGGAACAGAGAGAAAGAGAACGGAAAGCAAUUCUUGAACAAAGGGAAGCACGCCGGAAGUCAAUGGCAAAUCGCCGGGUAUCCUUUGCUCCGGAAGCGACACUACACACCUGGAAUGUCGUUGAAAUUCCCGAUGACUCGACUUCGUCCUCUACAUCGAACUCCACCAGACGCGCCUCGUCCACGCCCAACGCUGAGAGACAAGAAGAACCUCAAGUUGUUCCUCAACAGAAUGACCCACCAUCUUCACCCUUUGGUGAUGCGGAUUCCGACAUAGCCUUCUCGCCCGUUCAAUACCCUGAUCUGCAAGAACUUGCCAAUCGUCCAGCAACCGCUGGCCCUUACGAAGGCUCUCAUGACCUUUCUUCGAGUCCGUUUAGUGGAAGCUCUGCAGAUGGUAGUGACGACACUGGAUUACAGAGUGUGGCCAGGGAUGACGAUGACGACGAUGACGAUUCGGCUUCUGAUGCAGGGUUCGACGCUGAGAGCACUGCGAUGAGUAUGGAUGAUAUCACUGCUCGAACGGCUGAGUCUGCAUCCAGUAGCAGCUCUGCCCGACUCAAUGAAGCUUUACAACAGGCUGCUCAAGAAGCUGGGACGAAAGCCCCCGACUACGAUGAUAACGAUGACAUGCCCAUGGAGAUGGCCACGCAAGAGAUCACUGGCGCGUUUCAACCUUGGAUCAAAAAAGGGGAGAGACAAAGUUUUGAUUGGGACGAUAUUAGUGCUGCACAUGAUCAGGAGAACAUCGACCCGUCUAAGCAAUCCAACGAAGAUGCUCAAGAAGAUGGUGCUGAUGACGAGGAAAUGAGUAUGGAUGUCACGAAUGCCAUCGGAGGAAUUCUGUCAAAACAGCCAAGUCGUCGCCAGAGCACCGCUCGCCGUCAAUCAAGUGGCGCGGAAACGAAUUACGAUGAACAGACUAUGGAACUUACCAACGUGGUUGGCGGUAUCGCACAACCAGUCUCGCCUGCAAAGUCUACAGGUGCUGACAGCAAUGCGGACGACGAGGAGAUGACCAUGGAGUUUACGUCGGCUGUCGGCGGUGUCCUCAACAAGAAUACUUCCGCUGCCGAAGAGUCUUACACCCCGCGCGGUGCAGCGCCAAACUUCGCUGAUUGGAAUAACGAGGAAGACGAUGCAGAGGAUUUGGACAUGGAAAUGACCGGCGCCCUUGGCGGAAUACUGCCACCAAUUGAGGAGCGAACUGAACCUCAGGAUGACCAAACCGCCGGCAUGGAUGUUACGGCCGCUAUGGGGACGAUUCUGCCAUCUGAGGCCGAACAAAUUGGCAAGGAUCAGGAGAACCAGGAAGUGGAUAAUGAAUCAGACUCUGGUCAACUGGGAAGCUCACCCUUCCAAGAACAGGUCCGACAGUCGCCUGCCAAGUCUCCUCCUAAAUCUCCCACCAAAUCUCCGAAAUCGCCUGCACCUUUCACAAUUGCCGCUGAGAAUGGCAGCCCUGACCUAGCAAGCGUGAGGUCUCGACGGACAAGACAAAACUUGGGACGUGCACCUUCGAAAACACCGACACCACAGCCAUCACCGCCUGAAGAACAAACUACUCCGUCAAAGCAACCAGCACCUCAGGCUACUCAAUCCUCAACCCCUCUGAAGACACCACCCUCAGGAAAUGGCCUCUUUCAACCGGAACACCAAGAGUCUGCCAACCAACCCAAGUCGCCUGCUACGGCUCUCUUCGAGCACAAUGCGGCCACGGGGCAGUCAACGCCUCAGUUUAUCCUUCGGCCGCAGAAACGGCGCUCGUCCGGACUCGGAAUAGACAAGGAAGGACUGGGAUCUCCUCGUGUAGCAGAAAUGCUCGAUAAACGUCGGUCCAUUGGUGAUGAAGCUUCUCAGUUUGUUCCCCAAGAGCAGCCAAAGCAGGGCGGGGUGCGCUUUGAAGAUCCGCUGAAACUCCAGGAAGAGCUCGACCGUGAGCAUGAAGAGGAGGAAAACCGGGAAGAUGGCCAUGUCCCACCAUGGCAAGCAGGCGAGCGGGAUGCUACCUCGAAUCUUAAGGACAUGAUCUCGAGCCUUACCCCGAAGAAGAACAAGCUUAAGGGCCGAAAAAGCUUGCACGUGGGUGCUGCUAAGGGUGUUCUCGGAAAGCGACCGAAGGAGUUGGAUGAUAGCGACGAUGAAGAGGGCUCUGAUAACACACCCAAGCGUUUGAAGGGUCGUGAGGCUAGCCCGGUUAAGAACAUCAGACUUCCCGCGCAUCCAGCCAAGGAUGAAGCUAUUGGACGUUUGGUAUUUUCGCCCCCUCAGAAGCUCUUCGGCUCGCCGACCAAGGGCAGUACUACACCCAUCCAGGAGCCCAAGAACGUGGCGUUGAGUCCACUGAAAGAUGCAUCGGGGUCGUUCAACUCUGCGGAGGAGCCUGCGGAGGAGGAAGUUGCCAGAGAAGAAUCCGAGCAAAAGCUCGAGCCUAUCCCGCUGCAGGACUUUUUAAAUAUGACCAAUAUUCAUUUCAUGGAGCUUACGACUACGAAGAGGCGGCAUACUACCGUGCCUGGAAGUGCCAGUCGGAGGUCAUCGGUUAGACGGUCUGUCGAGGGAGCAUCCAAGCCUGCUACUUUUGAGGACGGCGUUGCUGCUGGAUUCUGCACGGUGCCGAUGCUCGAGUUAUAUCAGCAUUCCUGCCGAGAGUUGAAGUCGUACAUUUCCGAAGGAAGACAAGUCAUCCGGUCCAUCGAAGCUGAGACGUAUGCGGAGAACCCGGCGCUAUUCCGCGAGUAUAUGGCUGCUCCUUCAGACAUACGCUCGAUCAUGGACAACCAAUUCCGCAACGUCAAGACCCACGCUCGAUUGCUUAGCAAGGCUACAUGGUACGAGUGGCGGAUGAAGCUCCUCGAAGGCUUGAAAGAAGGUCUUAACCGGCAUGCAGAUGAUAUGAAGGCCGACGAUGAGGUCUUGACCAAGCACGAAGCAGUUCUAAAUGGCGUCGUACCCGCACUUGUUGAGAAACACUCAUCACUCGAGCAAGAGGCUACGUCUUUGCAACAGUUGGCCGACGAGAUGGAGAACUGCGACCAGGACGAGUUGCGAUCCGCGCGGGAGAAUCUCGCCACCAUCGAGGACGAGAUCGCAUCCAAGAAGCAAGAACUCCAGGAACUCCAAACAGAAGUCCAAGAAAAGACCGACACUGUUGAAGCCGGAACUGAACUGAAAGCCCAAUUCAUGGCACAAAUCCAAGAAGCAGAACGAGUCAAGGAAGAAUGCCGCGGCUGGAGCGCAAAAGAAAUCAACGAGUUGAAGCAGUCCGUUUCAAACAUCGAACAGCAAACCGGAUGGUCCAUCAUCUCCGCCGACGCUUCCUCGUCCGGAGAUCCUUCCUUAACCAUGUCCUACCGUAACCGACUCCAGUUCAGUUUCUAUCCUCGCGCAUUCUCCGCCAGCAACCCCUCCAACAUGCCCCUAGACCUCCGCUACGCCCCCGGCGCCAGUGACCGCAAGAAAUCCUCCGCACUCACACCCCCUCUCACCCCCAUCGCCUCGCUCGUCCUCAAAUCCCUCCAGAAACACCUCAAUGCAAUCACCCAAUCCACCACCGCACCGAAGCACAUGCUCCGCUUCGUCUCGCAAGCCUGGGACCUCGUCCUCCACCUGGAAGAAGAAGCACGCAUGCUUGAAUUCUGCGGCGUGACGAAGCUCAAACUCCUCGAGGUCGAAGAUGCCCCCUCUCUCAGGGCAAGGUGUACCAUUCUUGGUACUGUUUCGUCGAAGGUCUCCAAGAUACCCAUGAAGAAGGGCCAAGCCAAUGCAAACGGCAAUAACGCCAACGGCAACAACACUCGCCGCAUCGACAUCGACUUCGCCAUCACAACACGCAUCAACACUGACGGCGACAGCAUCGGGACCAUGGACCUCGAAACAGACGUCCUCGCGAGUAAAGUCUACGGUUUCGGAUCUGGGAAUGAAGUCGGUAUUUCGGAGGCCCAGAUGAGAGAUAUCCUUGCGAACGAGAUUGGUGAGAAGAAGGGCGAGGUGCAGCUUGGGAAUGGGGUUUGGAGUCGGGCUGUGAGGAUGCUUACGGGGACGGUUUUUUAG